CUUCAGCAUCGCUCCGCGCGGUGCGCGGCCAGGGCGCAGGGCAUGGCCCAGCCGGAGGACCGCGCUCCACUGCAGCGGCGACGUCGUCAAGCCAGACUUGGAUCAGCGUCAGUACAGGUACGUGACUCUGCCCAACGGGCUGAGAGUGCUGCUGGCCUCGGACCCAGACAGCGAUGCAGCGGCCGCGUCGAUGAGCAUCAGGGCAGGGAGUUUCGACGAUCCUCCAGAAUUCCUGGGCUUGGCCCACUUCCACGAGCACAUGCUCUUCCUGGGCACACAGAAGUACCCAGACGAGGACGAGUACGAGAAGUGCCUCAAGGACCACGGUGGCCACAGCAACGCGUACACCGACGACGAGCUCACGAACUACUACUUCCGGGUCAACGCGCCCCACCUCCAGGGCGCGCUGGACAGGUUCGCGCAGUUCUUCAUCUCGCCCCUCCUCUCGCCGGGGGCACUGGACCGAGAGAUGCGCGCCGUGGACUCCGAGAGCACCGGGUACGCGUCCGAGGAGGAGUGGCGCAGAGCCCAGGUGAUGAAGGCCACCGCCGCAGACCACCAUCCCUUCCAGCGCUUCAGCGUGGGCGACCUGACCACGCUCGGGCACUCCGGCCCAGAGGCCGUCAGGGAGGCCAUGGUGGCGUGGAACGCGGCGUAUUAUCACACCGGCGCGAUGAGGCUGGUCGUUGCCGGAAGCGAUCCGUUGGACACGCUGGAGGAUGCGGUGAGCAAGUUUUUCGGCCCGGUUCCGAGUGGCCCAGAGCGGAGCUGGGCGGAGGACAGAGGGCCUCCAUGGGGCGAGGAGCAGGUGGGGCGCUACGUCGAGGUAGUUCCCAACCGGGAGGAGCGCAGCCUCUCAAUCAACUGGCCACUGCCACCAGAGCGGCUGUACCUGUACAACAAGUUGGACGUCUACUUGGGCCACGUGCUCGGCCACGAGGGCGAAGGUUCUCUGUACGACAUGCUCAACCAGGAUGGGCUCGUCGAGCACCUCAUCUGCGGCUCGGGCUACUCCUUCUCCGAUGCGCAGCUCUUCAGCCUGGAGAUAUCUCUCACCGAGGAGGGGGACCGCCGCUCGGAGGAGGUCCUCCAGCGCGCAUUCGCCUUCGUGGCUCUGAUGCGCGAGGCGGGGCCGCAGCGCGAUACUUUUGAGGAGCUGCGCAGCCUCAGCGAGAUCGGCUUCCGCUUCCAGGAGGAGAACCCGUCCACUGAGGACUUCGUGGCUGAGGCGAGCAACAACCUCUUCUACUACCCCGUCCGGGACGUGCUCCGCGGCCCAUCUGCGUUCGACGAGUGGCGCCCGGACCUCGUCCAGGAGUGGUUAGACCGCCUCACGCCGGAGAACUGCAUCAUCUUCCACGCGAGCUCCGACUUCCAGCGGGAGGCGGCGGCGGCGGCGGCCGCGGCGCCCGCGCCCGGCGACGCCGGCAGCGCGGCGCCCUGGGGGCGCGAGCGCUGGUACGGCGCGCAGUUCCGCGCCCGGGCGCUCGGGGCCGAGGAGCUCGGCAGGCUGUCGCGGCCGCCCGCCGCGGCCCGCGAGGGCCUGCGGCUGCCGGCCGGGAACCCCUUCGUGCCGCGGGACUUCUCGCUGCGCAGCGGGGCCCGGCGCGAGGCGCCCGCCUCUGCGUUGGAAGUGGCGCCGCCCGCCAGGCGCGACGUGCCCGGCGAGGCGGCGCCGCGCCUGUGGUGGAAGAUGGACAGCGCGUUCGGAGCCCCGCGGGCGUACGUCUACGCCCACGUCAUGACGCCCGUGUACGAGAUGGGCCCGGAGGCGGUGGCCGCGCUCCGCCUCUUCUGCGCCCUGCUGAGGGACGACCUGAGCACCUUCGCGUACGACGCCGAGGAGGCGGGCCUGUCGUACCAGGUGGAGUUCACCGACCGCUUCACGCUGGAGGUGGGUGGCUUCAGCGACAAGCUCCCCUUGCUGCUGCGGCGCGUGGCCGAACGCGUCCCGUCCCUGCUUGACGAGCUGCGCGCGGCCGCCGAGGAGGAGGAGGAGGAGGAGGAGGAGGAGGAGGAGGAGGAGGAGGAGGAGGCGGAGGAGGAGGUCGAGGGCGGCGGCGACACCGAGGACGACAGCGGGGACGAGAGCGGGGAGGACAGCGAGGGUGGGCUCGCCUACUGGAGCGAGCGACUCGAGGUGCAGCGCGAGGUGCUCCUGCGGGAGCACGACAACUACUUCAAGCAGGACCCCGCCCAGGUGGCGGAGUACCACGUCCGCCAGCUGGAGCUGGCCGGCAUCUGGCACCUGUCGGAGUACUCCGCCUGGCUCCGCGGCGCAGGAGGCGCGGGCGCCUCGGGCAGCCUGCUCCGCCCGAUGGUCCGGCUGGUCGACGCCGCGCUGCGCAGGGCGAGGGUGGACGUGCUCGCGCACGGCAACGUCAACGAGGGCGAGGCGCUCGAGGCGGCCCAGACGCUCCAGGGCACCCUCGCCGGCCCGUCGGCGCUGCGCGACGAGGAGCUCCCCACGAUGGACGUGGUGCUGCUCCCGGCCGGCCCCGGGCACGCGGUGGCCGUCGAGUUCGACCUGCUGGAGGCGAACCCGAUCGAGGAGAACAGCGCCGCGUACGCGGUUCUGCAGGUCGGGCCCCUCGGGGAGGACCCGCACCGCGACGCCUGCCUGGAGGUGGUGGCGCACCUGGCCUCCAACUCGGCGUUCGCGCAGCUGCGCACGAAGGAGCAGCUGGGGUACGUCGUCUACGCGACGCGCCGCACGCAGUACGACGUGGCCUCGCUGGCGGUGGUCGUACAGGGCGCCACGCUGGGCCCCCGAGGGAUGGACGCGAGGGUCGAAGCCUGGCUGACUUCGUUCAGGGAGGAGCUCGCUGGCCUCAGCGAGGAGGACUUCGCCACCAACCUGCAGGGGGUGAUAGACCUGAAGAGCAAGCGCCACACGCAGCUGGGCCAGGAGGUGGCCGCCCAGUGGCAGGAGAUCCUGCAGCGCACCUGCCGCUUCGACCGGCGGCGCGCCGAGGUGGCGGCGCUGCGAGCCGUCUCCCGCGCGGACCUGCUGGCCUUCUUCGACCGGCACCUGGCGGCCAGCGCCCCGCUGCGUCGGAAGCUGUCCUCCUGGGUGCAGGGCGCGGCCAACCGCGGCGCGGGCGCGGGCCCCGAGGGCCCGCCGCCCCCGCGGCACCUCCUCAGGACCAUCGACGAGUGGCGGGCGUUCAAGAACGGCCUGCCGACGCACAGCGUCGGCUGACCGCGCGAGGGGCGGAGGGACCGCCGCGGCGGCGUGCGGGGAUCCCAAAUCGAAGAGGGCAUGCCGGUACCGCUGCUCCCUGGACCCGCGCCGCCAUCCGCGUGCACGGGGGCCGCAAUGGUGGUACCGCAUGGGGUGCUGCUGCCUGGGCCUCAGGGCUG